AAUCUCUAAAUGGGAGGGGCACCACUUUUAUUGCCAAUGCUGCACGUUGCUUCCGGGACUGGAAGUGUUAAUUUUCCGAACAUUGCGCAUCAUCUUGCUUCUGGGUGAAGUGCGAACGGGUCGGGGAUCAGUGCGAGUGCCGGCUAUUCGAUCUCCGCCCCGCCCCGCAGCUCGUGUCAAUGGGGUUCGCCCCGAGAAUCCAGUGCCGCUCGGAAUUACCGGUCUGAAGCUUCGAAGGCUGAGGAAUGAGGGUGAACCGCAUGGUCCAAGCCGGUGGCUUGGCUCUGGUAGGGCUGGCUGUAGGCUGCAUCUGGAUCUACGAGAAUCAUUUGGGCCAAAGCGGGGACGGAGUAAGGGUCCCUGCCCAAGCGAUCGAGAGCGGAGUUCCUGGCUGGAACCUGGAACCGGUCUGUGAUUCUUACUUCCAGGGGGGAAAUGCCUUUCUUUGGGAAAGGAGACAGGCGACACAGUCAUCUGAUGCGGGAGAAGGGGAUCCUGCGGCGAACUACUGUCAGCGCCUGCAGUCGCUGCUCCAUUACCACCGGAGCCCGCUAACAGCGGAGGAGACCGACUUUCCCCUCGCCUUUAUCAUCACCGUGCACAAGGAAUUUGACACGUUCGAGACUCUCUUCAGGACCAUCUACCGCCCCCACAACCUCUACUGCAUCCAUGUCGACGAGAAGUCGCCUGCGGAUUUUCAGAGGCGCCUGCACCUUCUGCAAACCUGCUUUGGCAACGUCUUCCUGGCUUCCAGGAUGGAGCCCGUCGUCUACGCCGGCAUAUCCCGCAUGGAAGCCGACCUCAGGUGCAUGACCGACCUCCUGCAGUUGAAAUCGGGCUGGAAGUACGUCAUUAACCUGUGCGGUCAGGAUUUUCCCUUGAAGACUAACCUGGAGAUCAUUCGUCACCUUAAAACUUUCAAAGGAAAAAACAUUACUCCUGGCAUUUUACCUCCGGAGCAUGCCAAAAUGCGCACCAAGUUCGUAUUCAAGCAGAUCUUGUCUCCCAAUAAUUCCCACGUAGUCAAAACUAAGGAACUUAAAUCUCCCCCUCCUCACAACAUGACCAUUUAUUUUGGAUCUGCAUAUUAUGCCCUGACAAUAGAAUUCGUAGAAUUCAUUUUGAAAGACCAGAGGGCCCUGGAUUUAUUACAGUGGUCGAGAGACACCUACAGUCCUGAUGAACAUUAUUGGGUAACCUUAAACAGGAUGCCAGAUGCUCCUGGUUCAAUGCCUGAAGCAGGUUGGAAAGGAAACCUACGUGCUGUAAAAUGGAGUAACCUAAAAGACCAUGAUGGUUGCCAUGAUGUUUUAAGGAGGAAUGUAGUGCCAGACAGAUGGCAUCUGCUGUUGACCUGUUGCUCCGGUCAUUAUACCAGACAUAUUUGUAUCUUUGGACCUGGGGACUUGAAAUGGCUAAAUGAAAGAAAUGCAUUGUUUGCCAACAAGUUUGAACUCCAUUCCUAUCCGCCAACUUUAGAGUGCCUUGAAUACAGGAUCUUCAACCACAUGCUGAAGCAGAAUAUCUUUUCCCUGCAGUGAGAUUUCUGGUGGUGACUGGAAACAGGCAACAAGUUUCACAAUGCAUGAGGACAAGGGAAGAAUCAUGAACCUGAGGCAUGACCUGGAGUAUACCUGAUAAUUUUUCUUUCUGCUUGAGCAUAUACACCUAUUUAAACGGGAUAUAUUGUCAUCGGUGUGGCACUGAAAAUUUUGUAUAUGCAUUUUCUUAAAGAAAAAUGCAAGAGCACUCCUUUUUACUUGAAUAUAAUAGGUAUAACCUAUUGCCUACGUUCUCAAUUCAUUUUAAGAUAGAUUGAGGGUGUUGUGUGAACUUAAACAUAUUCACUUUAUGCACUGGAAGGGUUCAUGGUCAGUUGCACAAAUACUUGGUUGGACUUCCUAUGAGUUACAGAGUAUGAUCAUGACAGUUUACCCCCUCCCCACCCCCUAUUACUGGUGUUUCAUAUGUAAACUGACAACUAUUUCUGAAUGAGUGGGAGUCCAGAUCAGAAGCUGUGCUUGUUCCACAGUUGGUUGUGUGACACCCUUCACUCUCUACACCAGGAAUAGAAAAUAUUAUAUUCCCUUACCUGCUUGUGUUUUGAAUAAACUCCCUGUGAAUUGAAAGCGUAACUAUAUGAAGGUAUUUGAAAAUGAUACAAACUGACCAGGAAACAAAAUAGUUGCCCGGAGACAUGUGCUGUUUGCAAUACUACCAAAAAAGAAGGUAACAAAAAGGGCUUUAGCAUUCUCAAGUUUUUGUAUUUUCAGAGAAGUAUUUUCAGUGGCAAGGAGCUGGAAGUGAAUGCGGUUAGUUUCAAAUCACUCAGCUGCUGAUUAACAAACAUGUUAUGGGAUGGAAGUAUCCCACCUGAAGUCUUAACUAUUAAUUUCCUUAGCUGGGCACAAUGUAUUUUGUAGGACUUUUAUUUUACUGAAGCAAAUGAUUUUGUUUACUCAGUACAUAUAACAAACUAAUAUAAUUUGAACUUCCAAUAAUUAUCACUACCUUUUGCACAUACAUAGACCAUAAUAACUACCAAUCUUUUAAGAACAAAAUAAAUCUAGUUCAGCCAUUACAAAAACAUGGAAUAGCAAUUAAGGACCAAUAUAGUGUAUAAAGAAAUUGCAAUGUAUAAUUUAUGAAUCAUCUGAAAUUUUUGUAAUGAUUUAACCUAAAGGGAAGUAAUCUUUGGUAAGAUUCUACAAUACAAAGAUAUUACAAUGUUACUGAUUUUAAAAGCCUCUUCCUGUAGAUAUUUUCCCAGUGAAUGGGAUACAAUGUUCAUAAUGACUUCAGAAAUAAAGAGUG